AUGCUUCCGGUUUUGGCGAGACGAGGCGCGUUGGUGAGCGUGCGCAACUUCUCGGCCGCCACCUUGGACCCACACGACCAGGUGUCGGACGCGGCCAAGCCCAUGGACGAACAACUGAACCCCUCCUUCUUCAAGAUGGUCGACCACUACUUUGACAAGGGCGCUCAAGUCAUCGAAGCCAAACUGGUGGAGGAGUUGAAGUCGCGUCGUGACGAAACUGACAAGAAGAACUAUGUUCGUGGUAUCCUGGGAGCCAUCAAGCCUGUCAACAAGGUGAGUUUUGGGUUAAAUAAGGGUUGGAAUUGGUAAAGUUUGGAAGAAAAUGAGAUUCUUGGUGGUUUAGGGGGAUUGUUUAGUAAAAGAUUUCUAUUUUCAUGUUAAUAUAGAGUAGUUUUAUACCUUUUUAAUCAAAUUUUAUAGAAAAGAAUUAUUUUUUGGUAUGAAAGUUCAUAUUUUUCAUUUUCAGGUCCUCUACAUCACCUUCCCAAUCCGCCGUGAGAACGGAGAGUACGAAAUCAUCGAAGCCUGGAGAGCUCAGCACUCGGAACAUCGUACCCCAACCAAGGGAGGUAUCCGUUUCUCGUUGGAUGUAUGCGAAGAUGAAGUCAAGGCAUUGUCCGCCCUGAUGACCUACAAGUGUGCCGUCGUGGACGUACCAUUCGGUGGAGCCAAGGGAGGUGUCAAGAUCGACCCAAGAAAGUACACAGACUACGAAAUCGAGAAGAUCACCAGAAGAAUCGCCAUCGAAUUCUCCAAAAAGGGAUUCUUGGGCCCCGGUGUUGACGUACCAGCCCCAGACAUGGGCACUGGCGAACGUGAAAUGGCCUGGAUCGCUGACACUUAUGCUCAAACUACCGGUCACAUGGACAAGGACGCCAGUGCUUGUAUCACCGGAAAACCAAUCGUAGCUGGUGGAAUCCACGGAAGAGUGUCGGCUACAGGACGAGGAGUCUGGAAGGGAUUGGGAGUGUUCACAUCUGACCCAGAGUACAUGGGCAAGCUCGGUUUGACCACUGGAUUGGCUGGAAAAACCUUUAUCAUCCAAGGAUUCGGUAGGUUAUUAUGGUUGAUUAGAGUUUUGGGGUGAUAUAAUAAGUUUCAUUUCUUUAUUUUACUGUCCUUUUUCCAGGUAAUGUCGGUCUCCACACCAUGCGUUACCUCCACCGUGACGGAGCCAAGUGCGUCGGUGUCCAAGAAUGGAACUGCGGCAUCUAUAACCCAGACGGCAUUCACCCAAAAGAACUCGAAGACUACAUGCUGGCCAAGGGCACCAUCAAGGACUUCCCCGGAGCCAAGAACUUUGACAAGUUCGAAGAGUUGAUGUUCGAAAAGUGCGACAUCUUGGUGCCAGCUGCCUGCGAAAAGGCCAUCCACAAAGGCAAUGCUCACAAGAUACAAGCCAAGAUCAUUGCCGAAGCCGCUAACGGACCAGUCACCCCAGCCGCCGACAAGAUCUUGUUGGCCAGAGGCGAUUGCUUGAUCGUUCCUGACAUGUUCGUCAACUCUGGCGGUGUCACCGUGUCCUUCUUUGAAUGGUUGAAGAACUUGAACCACGUUUCGUUCGGUCGUUUGACUUUCAAGUACGAAAGAGACUCGAACUACUUGCUUUUGGGUAAGGAUCUUGUGAAGUUUGGGCUGUUUAGGCUUGCUUUGUUUAAGUUUUUGGUCUUUUUAAGGCUUAUUUUGGUACUUUUUUAAGAUUUUUAGUCAAAAAGAAGGUUGAGGAUACUAGUUUUUGGUUUUUGUAGCUUAUUUUAUGUUGUUAUAGUUUAUUGUGAUUGAGUUAUAACAAUUUUCCGUUGAAGGCUCGGUCGAAGAAUCCCUGGAACGCGCCCUCGGCAAAAAGGUCCCAGUCGAACCAUCAUCACCAUUCCAAGCGCGUAUUGCUGGCGCCUCGGAGAAGGACAUUGUCCACUCUGGCUUGGAAUACACCAUGCAACGCUCGGGACAAGCCAUCAUUCGCACCGCCCGCAAAUACGAUCUCGGCCUGGAUCUGCGUACCGCCGCCUACGCCAACGCCAUCGAAAAAGUGUACCACACGUACAGAACCAGCGGUUUCACCUUCACCUAA